GAGAGCUCCUCGCUGGACGAUCUCCGCGUCAACCACACCCUCAACAACCUGGUGGAGCUGAUCCUGCGGGACGAGGGGCAGCGCCGGAGCCGCGGAGCCGCGCUGUGCCCGGCGCACCUGGAGGAGCCCAAGUUUUUCUGCCUGGAGGACAAGGAGCUGGCGUGCUUCGCCUGCCAGAACUCCAAGCAGCACGAGGGGCACAAGAUGAGGCCGGUGCGGGAAGCGGCGGCGGAUUUCAGGGCCAAACUGGCGAACAUGGAGUCUUCCCUGCGGGAAAAGGCCAAGGAUUUCGGGACCGUGCGGCGCUCCUACGAAUCCAUCUCCCGGCACAACGAGGCGGAAUCGGCGCGGCUGGAGCGGCAGGUGAAGUGGGAAUUCGAGAAGCUGCACAAAUUCCUGCGGGACGAGGAGCAGGCGGUGCUGGAGCAGCUCUGGGAGGAGGCGCGGCGGAAGCGGGAUCUGAUCCAGGGCAAGAUGGAGCAGCUGGCCGAGGAGAGCCAGGCCCUGCUCAACGAGGCCGGGCAGCUCCAGGCCGAUCUCAAGGAGGACGACUACACGUUCCUGAUGACCCACAAGAACCGCAAGAGGAGGAUCGCCUGCACGGCCGAGGAGCCGGAAGCUGUUCCCUCGGGAAUGCUCCUGGAUGUGGCCAAGUACCUGGGAUCGCUCCAGUACAACGUGUGGAAGAAAAUGCUGGACACCAUCACGGCAGUCCCUUUCAGCCUGGACCCCAACUCGGCCGCCGGCUGGCUCUCGGUGUCCGAGGACCUUUCCAGCGUCUCCAACCACGGCUACAAACUCUCCGUGGAAAACCCGGAGCGCUUCACCUCCGCCCCCUGCAUCCUGGGAUCCCGCGGCUUCUCCGAAGGCUUCCACACCUGGGAGGUGGAUCUGGGCGGGCUCACCAACUGGAGGGUGGGCGUCUCCCGGCCCCACAGAGGCUCCGACUGGACUUUCCACCACGAUUCCCGCUCCGGAUUCUGGUACAUCUACCACCUUUCGGGCAAGGACGAGUGCCGGGCGUCCAACACCGUGCGCUCGGAAGCGGCGCCGGGAAACCUCCGGCGGGUCCGGGUGGAGCUGGACUGCACCGAGGGGGAAUUGUCCUUCUACGACGCCGACCACCGCAGCCACAUCUACACAUUCCACGAGAAGUUCGGAGGAGUCGUCUUCCCCUAUUUCUACGUGGGAGGGCCCCAGGGAGGAGCCAAGGCCAAGACGCUCCGGAUUUGCCCGCUCCGUGUCCGUAUCCACGAGGAUAUCCCGUCCUAGGGGGUCUCCUGCCUCCUGGUGAGGGUUUUCCCAGGAAAAAUUAAAAAAAAAAAAAAGCAGGGUUAAAAAUAAUGUUUGUUCGUAAUGCCUCAGGUUUUUAUCGUUAAUAAAUAUUAAUAAAGUCUC